ACUUUUAAUAGUUUUUAAAUUAACGAUUAUUUUAGCGAUUUUUUUUUCUAAUUUGAUAUAUUAAAUGCUAAAUUUUAUAAUUUAAUCUCAAAAUUUUCCAUUUGUACAAUUUUUUAAAUAGUUUUUAAUUUCAGUUAUUAAGCUAACUUAGUAUUUCAUUUAUCUCAGCAACUUUGAUUAAGGAAAAAGAUAUGUCCAACGGUUCAGGCACAUUUGGUCUUUUACUUUUGGUUUUAUUCCACUCAUGCCAGGCAGGAGAUGACGCAGUUGGAAAUGCCAACAACUACAUAGACGAAGUUUUGCAGAAUUUUCGAAAUGAACCUUGGAUAUUGAGUAAAGUAGAACCUUUGGAAAUACCGGAUGUGGAUGAAAAAAACUUCAAAAUUCGAAAAGGCACAGUAAAAGGUCUCUCAAGUUUGUAUAGACAUGGAGAUUGCACUCUUGAUUAUGAAAAUGAGGAGAUACUUGUGGUAGCUGAAGUUGCUGUUCGAAAUGUGACAGUUGAUGUCAAAUACGAAGCAAAAGCCCUCUUCUUCUGGAUUAAAGGUCAUGCAACACUGAGAGUGGAUGACCUAGCCGUGAGAAUGGUUGUCUCCAUCAAGGAAGGCAAAGCAACGCUCCCCCAGUUCAAAUUGGUUCAAUUGGGCAAAUACAAAUUGAAGAAAAUAACUGGCAUGAGUGUCGUACUCAACUGGCUACUUAAGCUUAUUUCGAAUGCUGUUGCCAAAAACUCUCGCACAAAAAUUACAAAUGCUUUAGAGGAAAAUGCCGCCAUAGCCGUUAAUGAUUUAAUCUCCAAAUACGAACUUCCGAAAGUGUCAAAAUCUAGAUCAAAUAGAUUAAUGACGCAAUACUUUUAUAAUUGAUUCUGUAAUAUUAGAAGCAACAAUUAUUAUAAGAAAUGUUGUUCAUUAAUACGAAACUCUGUAAUCUUUGACAUUGCUUUAGUUGUGCAAAACAAUUGAGCAAUCAUCAUGUAACUUUAAACAGUAUAAAUGUGUAUAAAAAAAUUUUACAGCACAUUUUACCUUUACCAGAAAUCAAUAAACUAGUUUCAGACGAA